CAAGGAAUCAGGUGAACAGGCGAAACGCAUAAGAGGUGUACAUGCCUAUAACCCUGCGAGAGGCCUAGAUAUGAUUUGGCAGAGGCUUGACGAGUGCUUUGGAGCACCUGAAGUCAUUGAAAGUGCGCUUCUAAAAAAAGUGGACAGCUUUCCAAAGAUCUCCAACAGAGACUGGAAAAAACUGAGAGAGUUAGGCGACCUGUUAAUGGAGCUCCAAGUGGCCAAAUUAGAAGGAGUGCUCUCGGGACUAGCCUGCCUGGAUACAGCUCGGGGAAUAGCUAACAUUGUCCACAAACUGCCCUUUACAAUGCAAGAGAGGUGGAUGGUGCUAGGCUACACGUUUAAAAAGCAGCAUGGGGUCUCUUUUCCCCCCUUCUCUGUCCUUGUGGACUUUAUAUCUGAACAGGCGAAGAUGCGCAAUGACCCCAGCUUUUCGCUUCCUCACUAUGCUGACCAUGCAAAAUCAGAUCACCUCAAAAACACAAACAGAAUGUCAGUUGCAGUCCACAAAACAGAUGUCUCCCCACAAAAGACAGACACAACCAGAGCUCACAUUGACCCAGCAAAGCAUUGCCCAAUCCAUAAGAAGCCACACCCCAUACACAAGUGUCGUAGCUUUCGAGAUAAGUCUCUAGAAGACAGAAAAGCCCUUCUAAAGCUGAACGGUAUUUGUUUCAAAUGCUUAGCAUCCACCACACAUCUAGCCAGGGACUGUGACAAAGAGAUAAAAUGCAUUGAAUGUGGCAGCGAGAGACACCACUCUGCAUUACACCCAGGACCUACACCUGAGUUCUCAAAGGCCCUCACCCCUGCUGACGCCCAUGGCGGGGAGGGAAGUGACUCUAACAAAGAAGACCUGUCGGCCCUCUGCACUGAAGUUUGUGGAACCCAACUCAGCGGUAAAAGUUGUUCUAAGAUUUGCCUGGUGAAAGUAUUCCCAUCCGGUCAACAAGAUAAAGCAGUCAAAGUCUAUGCUGUCAUCGAUGACCAGAGCAAUCGUUCGUUGGUGAAGCCAGAGUUCUUCGAUGUUUUCGACGUAUCUUGCCAAAGCUUACCUUACCGUCUGAAAACCUGUGCAGGCGUAGCAGAGGCAAGUGGGAGACGAGCGUGCGGCUUCCAAAUAAGCUCCAUGGAUGGACACGUCACUCUACCCCUCCCAACCUUGAUAGAGUGCAAUAACAUCCCCAACAACCGCUCAGAGAUCCCCACACCACAAGCUGCUCAUCACCACUCUCACCUAAGGCCUAUAGCGGGACAAAUCCCAGAGCUCGAUCAUGAUGCCCAAAUAAUGAUGCUUCUCGGCAGAGACAUAAUAAGAGUACAUAAAGUGAGAAGACAAAUAAAUGGAUCGCAUGACGCCCCCUACGCUCAGAAGCUAGACCUCGGCUGGGUCCUAGUGGGUAACGUCUGCCUGGGAAGAGUCCAUAAACCACCAAGUGUCAACGUCUUCUUCACAAACACUCUGGACAAUGGCAGGCAAUCACUCUUUGAACCAUGCCCCAACACGCUCCUUGUUAAAGAGAGCGUCUGUAACACAAGCCCUCCGAAUGCACCCACUCGUGUCCCAGAAAAGAAAGUGUCACAAGACAUGAGUAGACCACACCUCAGAGAUGACAUUUUUCAGAGAACAGACCAUGAUGAGAAGUUAGCUCAUUCCUUUGAAGACACGACUUUCCUCCACAUCAUGAAAGAAGGUGUUUACAAAGACGAAGAAAGCAGCUGGGUGGCUCCCCUCCCCUUCAAGCCACAGAGAAGGCGCCUACCCAAUAACAAAGGACAGACCUUGAACCGUUUUAAGUCAUUAGAAAAGUCCUCCAGAAAACCUGAUAUGAAAGACCACUUUUUUGGCUUCAUGGAGAAGAUACUGGAGCAAGGUCAUGCGGAAGUGGCCCCUCCUCUUAAGGAACAUGAGGAGUGUUGGUACUUACCUCUUUUCGGGGUUUACCACCCAAAGAAGCCGGGCCAGAUCAGGGUGGUCUUUGAUUCAAGCUGUCAACAUGAUGGGGUCUCUCUCAAUGACGUGCUCCUGACCGGCCCUGACCUCAACAAUAGUCUCCUUGGAGUACUCAUCCGCUUUAGGAGAGAGGCGAUAGCCAUCACCACAGACAUACAGCAGAUGUUUCACUGCUUCGUCGUCAGACCACAAGACAGGAACUUCCUCCGCUUCUUCUGGUAUCGAGACAAUGACGAAAGCAAGGGAGUCAUCGAGUUCAGGAUGAAGGUCCAUGUCUUCGGCAAUAGCCCCUCCCCCUCUGUAGCAAUCUAUGGCCUCAGACAAGCAGCUAAGGAAGGAGAAGCUGAGUACGGUGAAGACGCUCGUGAAUUUGUGGAGAGAGACUUUUACGUAGACGAUGGUCUAAAAUCGUUGCCCUCAGCUGCAGUCGCCGUUGACCUCCUUAAAAGAACGCAGGAGAUGCUGGCCUGCUCAAAUCUACGGCUUCACAAGAUCACCUCGAACAGUGAGGAAGUCAUGAAAGCCUUCCCUACAGAAGACCACGCUAGUGGGCUAAGAGACUUGAACCUAGGUCAGGACACAUUGCCAGUUCAACGCACGCUUGGCGUUACCUGGGACCUCAAGAGCGACACGUUCACCUUCCAGGUUUCGGGUGAUAAAAAACCAUUCACUCGCCGUGGAGUGUUGUCCACCAUAAAUGGUUUGUACGACCCACUUGGAUUUGCUGCCCCAGUUGUCAUUCGAGGCAAGGCUUUGCUUAGAGACCUUACAGCAGACACCCGAGACUGGGACGCGCCCUUACCUAGCGACAAACAGGUGCUGUGGGACCAGUGGAGAGAUUCUUUGCAAGGGCUUCAAGCUCUGAAAAUCCCAAGGCCUUAUACCCAGACCUCCCCCUCUGCAGCCUUACACCGAGAACUCUGUGUUUUCUCAGACGCGUCCAUCUUAGCUAUAGGGGCAGUAGCCUAUCUAAGAGUUACGGACCAAGGUGGGGGCCUCCACGUAGGCUUCAUUCUCGGCAAAGCUAAACUUGCCCCACGUCCAGAUUUAACUAUUCCCCGCCUUGAGCUUUGCGCUGCCGUCUUAGCUGUGGACAUAGCAGAGACCAUCAAGGCAGAGAUGGACAUCCCUGUUGAUAAGGUGACCUUCUUCACAGACAGUAAAAUUGUCCUCGGAUACAUCAACAAUGAAAAACGUAGGUUCUAUGUGUUUGUGAACAACAGAGUCCAGAGAAUCAGAAGAAGUUCAGAGCCUCAACAAUGGCGUUACGUGGCUAGCAACCAGAACCCAGCCGACCUAGCAACAAGGUCUGUGCCUGCCGCUCGCCUCAAAGACACCACGUGGCUCACAGGGCCCUCAUUCUUAACACGCUCAGAGCAGUCAACUUACAGUGCAGACAACUUCGACCUAGUGAACCCAGAUGAGGAUGCAGAUGUGCGCCCCGAAGUUACUGCACUCAGCACCACUGCCGAGGAGCACCACCUCGACACACAGCGCUUUGAGCGCUUUUCCACCUUAAAGGCCCUGUUUCGAAGUGUGGCGAGCCUCAUACACAUUGCUAGCUCAUUCAAAAGAGACCCACUCAAAGAGCCGGGGGACUGUAAAGGCUGGCACUAUUGCGCUGAAUCCCAUAACACAGACAACCUCUCAAAGGCCAAGAAUGUUAUCAUCAAAGCUGUACAGGAAGAGGCCUAUCAAGAAGAACUUCAGUGCAUCAGAAACAAGAAAAACAUUCCAAAAGACAGCCCUUUACUUACCUUGAAUCCUGUGAUGGGAGAAGACGGGAUCUUGAGAGUUGGAGGCCGCAUUUCCCAGGCAAACAUCAGUCCGGGAGAAAAGAAUCCCAUCAUAAUCCCUGGGAGACACCACCUGGCCGUCCUUAUCGUGAGACAUUAUCAUGAACAGUGUCAACAUCAAGGACGUCAUCUGACUGAAGGUGCUGUGCGUGUAGCGGGCUACUGGAUUGUAGGAGCCAAAAGAUGUGUGAGCUCGCUCAUCUUCAAGUGUGUGACAUGUAGGAGGCUCAGAGGAAAAUGUGAAGUGCAGAAAAUGGCGGACUUGCCUUCAGACAGAGUCAGUAUGGAGCCACCCUUUACAUAUGUGGGGGUUGAUGUGUUUGGCCCCUGGACUGUCUCUACCCGACGCACUAGAGGUGGCCAUGCCAACGACAAGAGGUGGGCAGUACUAUUCACCUGCCUAAGCGUUAGAGCGAUCCACAUAGAAAUAAUAGAAAGCAUGGACACCUCCUCUUUCAUAAACGCUGUGAGACGCUUCAUUGCCAUUCGUGGCCCAGUGAAACAGAUGCGUUCCGAUCGCGGAACAAACUUUGUUGGAGCAUGCAAAGAACUGAACAUCUCCUCCAACUUGGAUGAGAGCAAAGUAUCCCAGUUUCUCGCAGACCAAGGAUGCAAGUGGACCUUUAAUCCACCCCACGCCUCACACAUGGGCGGAGCAUGGGAACGGAUGAUAGGAGUCACCCGCAGCAUCUUGGACUCUAUGAUGCUUCAAAUAGGCCCCUCCAGAAUAACCCAUGAAGUUCUUGCUACGUUCAUGGCUGAGGCCUCUGCCAUUGUGAACUCAAGGCCCCUAAUACCCAUCUCCACUGAUCCGGAUGACCCCUCAGUUCUGGCACCCACCUCGCUGCUGACGCAGAAGCUCGGUCCGACCCCUGUCCCUUCAGGUGAAUUUUGGGGCAAAGACCUCUUCAGACGUCAAUGGAAGCAGGUGCAGAGUUUAGCGAGCACCUUCUGGGACAGAUGGCGGAAACAAUACCUGUCUACCCUCCAGCCGAGGAGGAAGUGGCAGGCCGACAAGCAGAACAUCACAGUGGGGACUGUGGUCCUCAUGAAAGACUGUCAAUCCAAGCGAAAUGACUGGCCACUUGCACGCAUCACCAAGGUGUUUCCAAGUGAAGACGGAAGGGUCCGCAAGGUGGAAGUGAAGGUCGCUGACAAAGAAGGGGUGAAACUGUUCCUACGCCCUAUAACCCAAGUCAUUACACUCCUUCCCUCUGAAUAGCUUCAGAACUGUGUUAUUUGUUAUGUUAACUGUUAUAUAGUGGUAUCCUAGGGACACCAGACGGGGAGUGUUCUGUCUCUCUAGCACUGUAACGUGUUCUGUCGCUUUAAGAGCGAUAUGUUUACUGAUGACAUCAGUAUCUUAGCAACAACAUUAGGAAGUCAAAUCAGAGAAGUUCAUGUGAGAAAAUAAUCUGCUGACACAUCAAACUUAAUCCUUCACAUUCCUUGUCUUUGGAUGUACUGUCGGUAGGUUAUGAUGUUAAAGGAAGUUUUAUGUUGUAUUUUUUAUGAAUAUUUGUUUAAUUUGCGUAGAUGGGACAUCAUAUUUUUACGAGCUGAUAUUACAUGUGUUACACUGAUUCUUGAUGUAGGCCCCAGGACGAGUUUUACCCAACUUCACUCAUCAUUAAACGAAGUUCAAGAAAUCUUCAGCGUGGUGAUUGGAGGAGGAGUUAUCUGUCUGCCAGCUUAUGCAGGGCGUGUAAGGGUGGCAGAACAGCGUGCAUGCGAAACAUUAAUGUCUGCAUCGCGCAUAUGACGGAGUGCGCGAGGGAGAGCGAGAGAAACUGCAUGUGUGCCUGUUCAUGUUGCACAUGCUAGACAAAGAGCAUCCUGAUUGGUUUACAGACAUCCAAACUCAUUUCAGGGAAGUGUCGUGACCCCCCGCUGAUGGGAAAAAAGUCAUGCGUCACGACACCUCCCUGAAAUGAGUUUCUGCAGGUUGGAAUGUCUGCUAGUGUGAAUACUCCAUUGUUCACAGACUUGUGUUUCUGCCUCCGUUUAACAUGUUGCAAUGCGCAAUAAAGCUGAAAAUGUCAUGAUGAACACACAACUAGAAGAUGACCACGCUGUCCGCUAAUGUAAAUAUGAUGGCUAAACAUGCUGCUAAUGUUAGAGUAGCCAGGUGUGCUGCUGCUUAUUUAGACAUAUUAAGGCACAGCAACAGGUCUGAAAAGCUACAUUCCCCCCUGUAUGUUUCACAGUAACUCAAAUAUGGGUCAAUAUAUGACAAAGCAUUCAGUUGCUGUCCCACCAAUAAUCCUUGCAGGACAAGUUUUACUCAUGACAUGUUAAUUGAAUUUAGGUUAGCUUAACCAAGCCAACUUUAGCAUGAAGCUAGCGGUCCCAUUCAUUUUCGCCAGGUCACAGUGUUUUGGAAAACUUCAUAGGAAAUUCAUCACAGCCCGAUUGUUGAGUGACAUUAACCAAAGCUAGCAAACGUAUACAUGAUUUGUUAACAGGACUUCUUGUAAUGUUAACUUACCAUCGCAGAAAUAGCAGCAUGGUGAGCCUUUAGAUGCCUCUUGAGGUUGGUCGUAUUCUUGCCACGUAGUUUAUAGCCACAGCGUGUACCUCUGUCUCCCACUACAAGGCAUUCCGUUUUAUUUUCUGCUGGAUUAUACGUAAAGUAUGUCCAUAAAUCAUCAUGUCUUUUCCGCCCACCAAGCCCUUGUGCUGGCGUUGCCGCCGCCAUGGUCCAUGAACUGUGUGCGGCUGCCCCGGUGUGCACUGUGCCUGGUGGGCGUGGCCAAACAAGGACAGGAUGCAGUGCAUUGCUGAUAUUUUCAGCAUUUGGCAGACAGGUUGCACGCGCUGUUAGAGGAAACGCCAUGUAUUUUGAUAGUCCUAUAGCCAACCCACUAACAUUUCCAUCUCAUCUUGUCAACGAAAACAACAGACAUGUCUCGUCAUAUUUUCGUGAUCAAAGAGUUAUGUUUAGCUCGUCAGUGUCUCAUUUUAGUCAUGAAAAAAAGGCGUGUUAACGAAAUAAUUUCAUCAUCGUUAACGAAAACAACACUGAUUCUAACAUUAAUAUUCAACCUUCAGUUAUAAAAUAUUCCAUCAAUUUUUGUAUAUUUGUAAUUAAUACCCCCCCCCACACACACACACAAUUUGUGUAUAUGUGUAUAGAACUUAUAUAAUAAGUCUAUACACCCCUUUUAAAAUUGUGAUGUAAAAAAUGACACCAAGAUACAUCAUGUCUGAUCUUUUUUCCACCUUUAAUGUGAUACAGCAACAAACAAAAUUUAAGUGAGAAAAAAUGUUUUAUGUAAAAGAAAAGAAAAAUUAACCUUUUAUGCAUAUGUAUGCAUAACGGGGCAUGUGAUUGUGACCGCAUUCAAAAGGAGUGAUCAUACACCUGUCAUCAA